CAGUGACGGACUCACACAGCAACAGAAGCAAAUCUCGCGACCGAAGCAGAGCAUAACAUCCCGAACUCGAACCGGCACGAAACCCUUCUCCCGACCAAGGUACUUUUUUAUGCGUUAAGGAGCUGUGACGCUCCAAGAAAGAGGGCCAAGAUGCGCAACUUGCGCAACAUUCGAUUCGGCGCUUGGGAGCAGCAGCAGCAGCAAGAGGUUGACCCCUCGGCGGCGGUGACCGCCUGCUGCUGGGACCCCGCCAAAGACGAGCUUCUCUGCACGACUGGGCCGACGGAGGCGAAAGCCACUAUUGAGCUGGUGAGGCUGUCGGACCACCACCAGCAACAGCAAAUGUGUGGCGCCAUUUUUUAUUUACCCUCUUGAAUUUGUUUGCUCGUGUCAC